AUGCGGAGAAUAAAACUCUUCUUUGAUGUGUCUAUCGACGGCGAACCUGCGGGACGAAUUGAGAUGGGUCUGUACGGAUCGGUUGUUCCCAAGACAGCGGAUAAUUUCAAGCAGCUUUGUGAAGGCAAACCUGGGUUCGGAUACAAAGGAAGCAAAUUUCACCGUAUCAUUCCCGGCUUCAUGUGCCAAGGAGGUGACUUUACUAACGGAAAUGGAACAGGAGGCAAGAGCAUUUACGGCCCCAAAUUCAAUGAUGAGAAUUUCGAUAUCGCCCACGGAGGCGCUGGAACGCUUUCGAUGGCCAACGCAGGUCCCAAUACAAACGGAAGCCAAUUUUUCAUUUGCACAGGACAAACUCCAUGGCUAAACGGCAAGCAUACCGUCUUCGGAAAGGUCACAGACGGCUUGGACAUCGUCCGCAAAAUCGAAACAAAAGGGUCAGAAAUGGGAAAGCCCAGAGCGGAAGUUAAGAUUACCAACUGUGGAUCUUUGUAGACAAUUGAAUGCAAUAGGCUAAACUGGUAUUCGAUUCUAUUUUGCGGACUAAGAACUCAAUCCAGCCAGUCUUCACCUUUCCAAGGCUGACUCAAUUUCAUUGGACGUCCAAAAUAACAAAGUGGAGCUAUUCGUCAAUAUUUUUUAACUCUUUGACUUCUUUUUCUUG